AUGAAUUUUCGAUCAAACCAUUCCAACCAGUAUUAAAGGUUUAUUACCAAGCUUCCCACCAAGUUUUUUCCAAAUCUUAUACCUGAAAUGAUAAAUAAAACACGAAAGCAAUCAAAAGCAGAAAAAAUUGAAGAAUUCGUCCUAAUUUUCGAAGAUUACUUUAAAAAUUUAUUAGGUAUUGAAAAAAAUUAAGAGGAUUCGCUUGAAUUUGUUAAUAAUAUUGAAGGUUACAAGGAUUAAUAAAGAGAUUUUGAUGAACCUGAAGUAGUGAUGAGGUAAUACUCAAUAAUAUAAAGUUUACCAAAUCCAGAUUAAAUUUCUUAAGAAUUUCAGCCUCUCUAAAAACAAUAUGAAAUUUUUGAGCAAAUUAUUCAAGCCUUAGUUCUAGAGUAAAAGUCUAUAUAGGAUAAAUUAUUUUUAAAAGCAAUUGAAAUUGCUUUCAUUUAGCUGUAAGAUCAUAAGAUCUAUUCUUUAUUUGAGCAAAGAACAAGAGGGUUAGAAACUAUUCCAAGUGAGUAAAGGAAUGCUAUGAAUUUAUUAGGAACUAACUAACAGAUUUUAGAUUAAAGUCACUAAUAUUGCUGCUUUAUUGAACACAACAAUUAUAAUCAUAAAUCAUAAGAUUUUGGGUUUUGUUAAAGAGAAGUGUAUUUUAGAAAAAUCGUUCACUAAUUUAGGUAAGAUUUAUUUGAAUUAGCAUCAUUAAAUAAAUGGAAUAUUUAGUUGACCACUCAGCAAAUUUAAAUUGAUUUUCAAAAAAUUUAAUAAUAAUAAUAAAAAGCAUUUAGUCAAGGAGAUUAUUUAAGAUAGAUAAAAUCUUCAUGGCAUAAAACUUAAAAUGAAACAUCUGACCUUUUAACGUUAGUGAGAAACAUUUUAAUCAUAUAAUUUUCCCGAAAAGGAUUUGUUGUUAGAUCCAUUCUUUCUAACGAUGGUUUAAAAAUUUAUCUUUUACUCUAUAUGCCUGAAUAAAUGUUAGAAAUAGCUGCUGAAAAUUUUUAACUGCAGAAAAAAUUAUGUUUUUGUUUUUCAGAUUUAUUUUCCCUUGAGCCAGUUGAUAAAUAAUUAAGACCUUUACGUUUAAAUGGCAGAUUAUGGAAACCUGAUGAAUAUAAUAUUUCUUCGUACUUCUAAUAUUUAAGGCCAUUAAUUAUUGAGUAAAUAAUGCAAAUAAAUUUUAAGAGAUUAGCUAGAGAUGUUGGUUAAAGUAAUAUUAAUAAUGAAUUGUUUGAGUAUGGUAAAGUACAUUUUUACGGUGAUUGGGAAGGUCCGACUGAUGAUGAAUGGACAGCAUAUUACAUAUAUCUUGUUCAUCUUAAUAAACAGAUUUAAAUUUAAAGAAAGUAAUAUUUUAUAGAGAGCGAUAUUGCUUUAAUCUUGGAUAAAUAAAAAAGUGUAGAAGAAUUAUUUGCAAUAAGAACUGGACAAAACCCAAAAGGAUAUUUUGAAUUUAAGGAGGAAGAAUAAGAGUAGAUAUAGGUUCUUUUUGAAAAAAUUAGACAGCUUUAAGAUUAAUCAAAUAAAAUACAAUUAUCUUAAAAACUUCCAAUUCUAAAAAAAAUUAAAUUGUUUAAAUAGUAAUAAUUAGCGUUUAAUUAUUUUUUGAUUUUUUAAGAAGCUUUAAAAGUAGCGAAUAGUACUGCUUAAACAUUAAAAACACUUUGGGAUAGAUAUUCUUAAUAGCCUUUUGAACUUUACAUUCCCUUUAUCCUUCGUUAACAUUCAUAAUCAAUUAAAACUAUUGCUAAAUCCUAAUUGAAAUGGUCCAGGUAUAUUUCCAAAUAAAGUCAUCAAAUUACUCUAUUUCCAACUAAUGAAAGAUUAAAGUUAGCAUAUUUUGUUCUUUCAAAAACAAUUCGUUUAGAAGUAUUUCUCAAUAUGAAACUUAUAAACUCCAUUUUUUGUUUACACAAUAAAUAUGAAUUAUAUGGUAUAUGCAAAAAUCAUUAAUAGGAUGUCAAUUAGGAUAUCUAUAUGUAUGAAUAAUAACCUUUUGAUUUAUCUAAUAAAUGGAAUUUAAAUUAUUUAUAUCCUUGGUCAAUGCCCAUAAGUAAAAUUUGCAUAUACUUUGGUGAAAAAAUAGGAUUAUACUUUAAAUUUUCUUCGUAUUAUAUUAAAUUUUUUACAAUUAUGGCAGCCUUGGGAUUUAUGUGCAAUCUUCUUAUGUAUUCAACUAACACUGAAAAUAACAAUAUAUCCUUAGUGAUUUAAACUAUAUUUUCCAUUUGUAAUGUAAAUUUAAAUUGCUUUAUAACUGACUAUUGGAGUUAGACAUAAUUUGCAUUUAACAUUUAAAAUGGUUAAAAUUAUAAUUAUAAAUAUAAUUAAAUUAGGAGUUCUUUUAAAGGGGAAUAAAUAAGAUCCAUCUCAACAGAUCAAUUAAAUUUUACAGGGAUAAUUCACUUUCAAUUUUUUUGGAGAAUAAGUAUUUCUAUUUUUGUUCUUAUUUUAAUUUUUGGAUCUGAUGUAUGUAUAACUAUAGGACUUUACUUCUUUAAUUUAUAUCUUGAAAGUAUCUUUAUUAAGGCUGGUAUUUAAUUUAAAAAUUUUGAAAUAAUAGUAACAGCUAUUUUGAAUUUUUCAAUAUAAAUAAUUGUUGAAUACUAUUAUGAAUCUAUUGCUGUAAUUUUAACAGAUUUUGAAAAUUUUUACACAGUUGAACAUUAUGAAAAUAGUUAUUGUCUAAAAAAGUAUGCUCUUAUUUGUUUUUCUUAAUUAUUUCCACUGAUGAUGUUAUGUUAUCUGAAUGGAUCAUUAAAUCUAAAAUGUUCCCUUAAUAAUUGCAUUGAAUAAGCAGAAUAUUUUUUUGGUACUUCUGUAUCUUUAAUUCUAUUCCACUAAUUAGGGAAAUUUUUAAUUACCAUAAUUAAUGUAAAAAGGAGAACUAAAAUAAUAAACAAUAGUUAGUAAAACAACAAUUUAUUGUCAUAUAUCGAAAAUUAAGAAUCUUAAAUUCCUUUUCAGGAGAGUCAAGAAAAAUAUGGAAUUAUUGAUGAAUAUAUGAAAUUUUUUGUACUAUCAACAUUAAUCAAUAUGUUUGGAGGUUUAUUCCCGUUAAGUUAUACUUUGUUUUGGUUCUGGAUGAUUUUAUAAUUUUAGAUAGUAAAAUUUAGACUGUUAUUUUAAAUUUAAAGACCUUGGCCUAAAGGAGAUAGUUCUUUAGGAAUUUGGUCUGAAAUACAUUAAUUUAUUAAUUUAAUUAGUUUACUAAAUAAUUCUAGUUUAAUUUGUGUUUAUUAUUACCAUUAUCUGUAGGAUGAUGUUAUCUAACUAUUUGUCACUUUAUUAUUUUAUAAUUUCUUUAUUAAAUAUAUUACAAAAACAACUUUUUAAAGCCCUCCAUUAAUACUUGAGUACAUAAUCAAAAGAGGCAAUUACAUUUAUUAAAAUAAUAUUAAGAUUCUUACAAAUAGGAACACUAGAAGAGAAAAAGAGAAUAAAGUAUAAUUGCAAAGAUGUCCUUUAUAUAAAGUAUUUGGAUCUAAUGGAAUGCAAAGAGCUGAUUAUUUUGAAACAAUUAGUUCAGAUGAUGAAAUCUUAGACCAUUAAAGAAAAAAAAUUUAACUGAUUUCUUAAAGAUUAGUGGAACAGGAAACUAAUUAUAUCUUUUAAAAAGCAGAAAUAAUUCAAAAUGAAGAUCAUAUUAAGUAAAUGUAAAGCCCUAUAAAUUCAAUUUCUUCAAAACACUCAAAUUCUAGCCCAUUAAAUACUGUUUCCAGUCCUCUAUUUACUAUAUCUAGUUCAAAGCAGAACAACAGAACGAAAACUAUUUUUGAGCCUUUUGAACAGACAACUAAUUUAAUGUCAAUUUCAACUAAAGAUAUACAAAAACAAGGAAAAAGUAAGUUUCAAUUUAUGAUUACUGAAAUUAUGAAGAAAUUGCAAUAAGUAGAUAAAUUAGACUAUUAGUUUUUUUAUAAUUAUUAUAAAAAGCGUACUACAAACUGGGCAUUUUAAAUAUAAUCUUGUAAAUUAGGAUCCAAACAGUUAAUAAAAGACAGAACAAUUAUAUGGAGAUUUUUUUUCCGACUUCAUUUAUUAUCAUCUUAUAACAUGUUGUGGAAUGAUUAUAGAUUGGUUUAAAGUUAAUCUUAUAUAAAGAGAAAAUAAAAAGCAUUACAUAAUCUUGAUUAUAAGAGAUUUUAAAUAUUAAAGGCAAGUUUUGAGAAUCAAAAUAAAUAUUUUAAAGCAGAGGCAGCAUUAAAGUUUAGCAAACAAUUUAGAUAGUUUGGUAAUUAACUCACUUUGGAAGAAAGAAAAGAAUAUAAUGAGCUUGUUGUAAAAUAUAAUAAAUUUAUCGAAAAAAAAUCAUGGCUGAAUUGUAGAAAAGUAUCAGUUUUCAGAUAUAAGGGUUUGUUUUUUAGAGGAUUUCGUAAGCAAAGUAUAAGAAAAUAGGCCAUAUAAUUUGUUUUAGAAUAUUAUGAGGCAACAAAAAAAUUAGAGGAGGCUCAAAAUGGAUCAGAUAUACAUAAAAAGUUUAACAAUUUAGUCCAAUACACACAAAUAAAUUAAUAUAAUUUAGAAUUGUUCAUAGAUUUAUUUAAUAAAUUAGAAUAUGAGUAAUAAUUUGAUAUUUAUCUAGGUAAAAAAAAAGUUAUAUAUUUCCUUCAGUUAACGGAAGAAUUUAAUAAAAAAAUUAUUACUUAAACUCUCUGAAAUCAGAAGUUUUUAAAAAUAUAAUAGAUAAAUCCAAAGAUACUUAUAUAUUUGAAUAAUAUUCUACAAAAUUAGAAGAGUUUGUUUUAUAAUAUUGCUUCGAUGAAAUGAAUCAAAUACCGAUUCUAAAAAUGAAAAAGCAUCUUCAUGAUCUUCUCUGGAUUGUUGAAAUAGAUGAUUAAGAAUAUUUAAUGCAAUUUUUUCAAAUUAAGCAUGGAUAAUAAUUGCAAUUUUUAAGGUAUCAUAAUGAUGGUAUGGGUGUCUUUGUGAGUGAAAGUAAAAAUUACAUCAAAUUACUCAAUAUUAUUGAUUAAAUUGAUGAUUUUUUAAUUAAAGCUUAUUGCAUAUCAUUAUACCCAUGUAGAGAUUCUAAAACUUUAUAUCAAGUAAUAAAAUUUAGAAAAAAGCAUUCCCUUCAUUAUACAAUAGAUUAAUUAAGGUAAUUUUUGUAUGCUAAUUUAAUUAUAUUAUCAAAGGGUAUUGUAUAAUCGAUUUCUAUUUAUAAUUACGUUUUAAUUAAUAAUGAAUAUAUGAUUUUAAAUUCUAUUUAUCAAGAUGACAAUCCUUUAUUAUAAUUAGUUUAAGUUGUAAUCGAAAUGAUUUUGCUUGACCCGAUCAAAAAUUUUGGGGAAGCUCUUAAAUUCGUAGAACACCCCUUAUUACCAUUUUUAAUGGAGAUAUUAUAUAACGAUUUAACAGCUAGUUAGGCCUUAUAAAAUAUGGAAAAAUAAGAUCCAUUUUCAGAUAUUAAUUUUUAAUUGAAUCACAAUUAAAAAGAUGAAUGUUAUUAAUUUUAUAUCGAAAAUAUGAAACACCAAAUCAACUUUCAUCUUCGAAUGAAAUAAUUCUAAAAAUCAAUAGUUUUGAUUUAGGAAGUUUAAGAUUAUCUGGCUAUCCAACAUAAUGUACUAACCAUAAACUUUAUGGAAACAUUCUUAGAUUAUAUCUCGAGAGAUAUAUAAACAUAUCUUCUAAAAUCACAUGAAAUAAAAAAAAUUUUAGACACUUUAUUAAUAUUUUAUUUUAAGAUAUCUGCUCUUUUUGGCUUAAAACAAUAAAUUGAACCUGAAAACUCAUAAAUUAUUUCAGCAAUAAAAAAAUGCUGCAGUUAGCUAAAAAUUAUUCUUAAAUAAUUAAGCUUUAAUAUAAAAUUAGAAAACCUAUCUGAAGUAGAGCAUCGCACAAUUUUGAAAUAAAAGUUAAAAUAAACAAUAGACAAUUAGUCAUCUGUAAGCUCAUUUGAAAGAUUAAAUUUAAUAAAUACUCUGAGAAAAAAUUCAAAAUACAUAUUACUACUUAUUUAAUUUCACACUUAGAUUUAAAGAUACAAAAAUCAAUUUACUUUAAUAAAAGCAAUUUAUAAUUAUUUCAAUAAAAAUUUUAUUCUUGCAGAUCUUUAAUAUAUUCAAAUAAUUCAGAGAGAAGAGUAAUUAGCUUUUCGUGAGCCUAUCCCAAAAUUUUUGAAUGUGCCUCUUGAUCAUACACCAGGUUUAAUUAAUUUAAAGUAAUCUUCUCCUUUAGAUGAAGACAAUGAUGAUAUAAGAAAUGAAGAAUUCUCAAUAAAAUCUGAAGGAAUUAUAGAUAGGAACACAUUAUACUGCACAUAAUUAACAUAUUUUAAAUAUCUUCAUUUAAUUAACUUAUAUGAUAAUAGAAAUGAAGAAUUUAAAAAAUAUUAUUUAGAAUUUCAACAAAUUGAAGGAGCUCAUAUUCCAGUUUAUAAAUUUUAUUUGAAUCAACUUAAAUUGCUUAAUAAAGAAGAAAUUGAAUAACAAGAUGAAAAUUAUGAAGAGUAAUGUGAUGUUGGGAAGUAUUUAACAAUAAAGUACAAUAAGUGGAAGGAAAUUACCCACAAUAAAUAAGUAGACUUAAUAGAAUCAGAUGAUGCUGAGCUCUUGAAAUUUUAGGUAAUGAUAUUCUCGAAUAUUUAACCAACUUUUAAAAAUAGAAAAAUUUUAUAACAUUCAAUGUAAUUAUGUGCUUAAUCAAAGAAUAAUUGCUACAAUUUAUUAUUUAGAAUUAAAUUAAUUUAGUUUAUUUUACAUCUUGAUAACGUUUAACCAGUUAACCAUAACAUAUCUUAAUUUAUCUAAAAAACUAAAUUCUGCAGUUAAAGUUAAUAAUCCUUUAUUGAAUUAUUAAAGCAGAUACACCAAUAGAUUUAACUAAAAUAAGAUUCUUGGUUUUUUCAUUCAAGUUUAGAAGAAUUAUAGGUCUUCUAUUAUCUUUCAGUAUGUUUCGCAUAUUCUCCUAAGCAUAUUGAAAAUCUUUUAUUAGAUGAAACAGAAAUUGCAAAACAUGCUAUUAAUUAAAUAAAAAAAUUUUAAUUUAAGUCAAAAUUCUAUUGCUAAACUCUCAAGUGUACAUAAAUUAACAACAGAAAAGGAUAUUAGCUUUAAUUUGAUUCAAGCUUAUGUAAGUAGCAAUAAUAAUAACUCUUUUGCUAAUUUUUAAAUUGUAGCUUAAAGUAAUAUCAUAAUUUAAAAGGAGCAUAUUAAUAAAUUUUAGAAUGUUAGAGCGAUAAUAUUGAACCAUCAAUAUUUGUACUAGCUUUAAUUCAUAAUUAUUUAUAACUGCAAUAAUAUGAUUUGGCGGACUUGAUGACCUAAUUUUCCUUGAAGUUGAUAUAAUGUUAAGCGUUGAUUUUUGAAAAAAAGCAUAAUGGUUUUGAAUAGGAUCUUUAUGUUAUAGAAAGCUUAUAUAAAGGUAAUAACAAUUGCAUACCUUAUCCUGAGAAGUACUUAUUUGAAUAUUCAGAAACCUUUUAUCAUUUUGAAGAUGUAAAGUUUUAUGCUUAAUAUAUACUAUUCAACAUUAUGAUGAAUUAAAAUUACUAUUUGAUGUAAGAAAUUGCUUCAAAAGUAAUAAAAACUUUAAAAGGAAAUUAAAUUUAUUGUCGCCUCAUACACAUAUUCGAAUAUUAAUUAGAUGCUAUUAAUGCAAUGAUUGGGAAAAUUGAUCCAAAAACUUAGCGUAAUUAUUAAGACUUAGAAAAGAUUGAAAGUGAUCUGAGCUUAAAUAAUUAUUUAGAAAAAACCCUUAUCUAUGCUAUUUUAGCUCUUUUAUAGUGCAAAUAUCAUCUUAAUUUAAUCGAUUAUGAAAAUGCCUUGAAAUAUUCAGAAAAAGUUCUGAAAUAUGUUGUGACUUACUUGAAAUAAGAAUAGACAAUACUAUCAAUAAUAAAUCGCAAAUUAGUAAGAUUUAUUUUAUUAUAUAGAUAUAAGAAUAUCCAGUUCAUAUACUUUUUAAAGAUUUAAAAAUAAUCGAAUAUGAAUAUCUAAUAGAUGAAAUAGUAGAUUCUGAUUACAUACAUUUAUUUAAUAAAGAUUUCAUCAAUGAAGCUAUACUAAAUCAUUUAAGAAUAUUAAUAAAUUUAGGUAAAAAUGUUCCUAAAGUUAAUAUACUCUUCUCUUUAUAAUUAAGCUAAAUUCAUAAGACUCAUCAACCUUAUUUAUAAAUGAUUUAUGCUAUGUAUUUUAAUUUUCUGUUAAAGGAAAAAGAUAAUAAAUUGAUAGAAAAUUUAUUAGUAGAUGAAUCAAAUUAAAUAGCAUAAAUUCGGAAAAAAAUAAAAGAUGAAGAAAUGAAAUAUAAUGCUCAUAGUUCCUUAAAAUUAUAUACAGAAUCAGAUGCAGGUUUAAUUCAUUAAAAUUUAAUCUUCUUAGAUUUUCAAUUAAAUGUAUUAUUAAAUUCAAAAAAUAAAGUUAAUAAAAAAUUGAUUAAUAAUUGGAUAUUAUCAAGUACCUAAAAAGCAAUAAAUGGUUAUUAAAAUAUUCAAUAAACAAUCUCAUACUUAGUUCAUCCUCAUAUCUCAAUUCUUUAUAUAAUACAAUAUGAAUCAUUUUAAUUUUUAAACUAAAUUUAAAAGGCCUAAGAUAUGAUUGAUCUUACAAAUGAAAGUAUAUCUGGAUGGUAUGAAGAAAAUAAACACCCUUUUUAAGGAGUAUUUUUAUAUUAUUUAGGAAUUCAUGAUCGCUGGCUUUACUCAUAAUAUGCAAGAUGCUUAAAAACUAUAAAUUAAUUAAACAGGUUUGAUAUUGAUGAAAUAACAAGAAUUGUUUAAGGAUUAAUAUAUUAAGAAAAACAAUUAAUUGCUAUAUUGGAUAACAACACUUAAAAUAGAACAAAUUAAUUUGGAGAUUUAAUUAAUGAAUAUCUAAUUGUAAGUAUAGGAAGAAAGCCUAAACAGAUUCGUGAGAUCUCUAAGUUUAAUCUAGAUGUGUAAAGUAUCCUAGAUGAUGUUUUAGAAAAGAGUUCUAUUAAGACACUGAAUGGGAUAUAAAAGUUUUUCGAUGUAAGUAUUAUUUAUUUUUCAGGCAUUAGCUGUAUUUUAUUAAAUAGGCACAGAACAUAAUUGCAAGGAUUUAAUAAAGAGAAUUAUCGUUGAAUCUAAUUGAUUAUAUUGAG